UAACACUUAAAGCUUCUAAGCAAGCUAGAGGGUUAUCAGAACCCUCCCGGUUCCAUUGAAGUCGGAGAUCGCCGACCAACGUCCGUCACCGGAAUCUUAAUUCAGUAUCAUAGAGGCUUCUCAGGUUAAGAUGAGUUUAAGUAGAGCUAAGGAUUUGGGGCUUCCGUUGAUGAAUCUUGUUAGACUUAAAGGUAUACCAAUCUUGGAGCAACUUGGUUUGGAAGAAAGGCUUCUUAGAACAUCUUCUGAGAAUUGGUGCAUUGUUAAUGAUGGAACUAAUGUCCCUACCAUUGUCAUGGGAAUGUCAGGGAAGCCUGCUCAGCUUCUUGAGCUUGGACCUGUUAUGGAAGAUCGAAUACCGGUUGUUAAAAGAUUUACGGGAGGAGGAACUGUGAUUGUGGAUAAGAGUACUUUGUUUGUGAGUUUGAUUUGUAACAAAGAUGAUGUUCCGAAUGUUCAGCCUUAUCCUCGUUCUGUCAUGGCAUGGAGCGGUUCGUUGUAUGGUGAAGUGUUUAAAGGUGUUAAUGGUUUCCAGCUACGUGAGAAUGAUUAUGUAUUUGGAGAUCGUAAGUUUGGUGGGAAUGCUCAAUCAAUAAUUAGGAGUAGAUGGAUACACCAUACAUCAUUUCUAUGGGACUACAAUGUGAGAAACAUGGCUUACCUUAAACUGCCUUCGAGAGUGCCACAGUACCGGUUGGAAAGAGAUCAUACAGAUUUUGUGUGUAAAAUGAAGGAUUACAUUGAAAGAUCAGAUUUUAUGGAGAAGACAAUAAAGGCUGUGGGAAACCAAUUCACAUUGAAGCAAGUGAAUCUUAAGGAUAUAGAUUCCUAUGCAAAGGGAGAACAUUUGAACAGCACGAGGCUACUUACAAUGGAAGAACUCGAAAAAGCAAUGGCUGGCACCAGUUAGAAUGCAUGAGAGUAUUGCUCAUGCUAGUUAAGUUUUACUCAUAUGGAAUUUAAAACUGCUAUUGUUUUCUGGGUCCUUGAUUCUUUACCUCGGGUUAGAACCACUACUUGUGUCUCUAUUCAUGGCCUAACUCAGAGUUCUUGAGAUAAAAUGUGCUGGUGUUUAAUUUUGUGAUAUUAUUUUGUGAUUUUGAAUCAGAAAUUUGAUAAAUAAUA